AUGGGCUUCUUCACCAAUUACCGCGUGUAUAUUCUGACGAGCGUGGCCUAUAUGGGAUCACUGCUCUUCGGAUAUGACACCGGUGUCAUGGGGUCCAUCCUGGCCCUCUCAAGCUUCAAAAAAGACUUUGGUCUCCCAACCGGAGACUCCGGCUUUGCAUCCGACAAGAGCGCCCAGGUCUCAUCCAACGUGGUCUCGCUGCUGACAGCCGGAUGUUUCUUUGGCUCGAUCUUCGCAGCCUACAUCAACGACCGCAUCGGCCGUCGGUACUCGCUGAUGAUCUUCUGUGUGGUCUUCUUGGUGGGCGCCGCCUUGCAGGUAGGCGCACACCACGAGAUCGGGCUCAUCUACGGCGGCCGCGUCGUAGCCGGCCUGGGGAUCGGCGGCAUGUCCAGCAUCACGCCGGUGUUCGUCAGCGAGAACUGUCCGCCCGAGACCCGUGGCCGGGUGGCGGGUCUCUUCCAGGAGUUUUUGGUUAUUGGCAGCACCUUUGCCUACUGGCUCGACUAUGGCGUGUCGCUGCAUGUCCCUGAGGGCACGAGUCAAUGGCGCAUUCCGCUGGCGAUCCAGCUGAUUCCCGGUGGGCUGAUGCUGAUCGGCUUGUUCUUUUUGAAGGAGUCGCCGCGCUGGCUGAUGAAGCAGGGCCGCCAGGAGGAAGCGCUUGACUCGCUUGCUUAUAUUCGGAAUCAGCCCGCGGACAGCGAGUCCGUGCAAAAGGAGUAUGCGGAGAUUAAUGCUGCUAUUCAAGAAGAGACGAUUGCUACCGAGGGCGUCACCUGGAAGGAGUGCCUGCAGAAGAGUAACCGGUAUCGGUUCUUUCUGGCCUUUGUGCUUAUGUUCUGGCAGCAGUUCUCUGGGACGAACUCUAUUGGAUACUACUCUGCACAGAUCUUCCAGACUGUUGGUAUCAGCAAAACCGAUGCCUCCCUUUUUGCCACGGGCAUCUAUGGAACUGUCAAGGUGGUGGCCACGGCCAUUUUCCUGGUCGUCGGCAUUGACCGCUGGGGCCGAAAGAAGAGUCUGAUCGGUGGCGCCGCUUGGAUGGCCAGUAUGAUGUUUAUCAUCGGUGCCGUGCUGGCCACCAACCCGCCCGAUCCCAAAGCCAGCGGUGUCUCGCAGGCGUCCAUUGCCAUGGUGGCCAUGAUAUAUCUCUACGUGAUCGGAUACUCAGCGUCCUGGGGUCCGACUCCGUGGGUGUAUCUAGGCGAGAUCUUCCCAACCCGACUCCGUUCCUAUGGUGUCGGUCUCGGCGCAGCCACGCAAUGGCUCUUCAACUUUGUCAUUACCGAGGUCACGCCGCGGGCUGUUCACAGUAUUGGCUGGAGAACCUUUUUGAUGUUCGGUUUCUUCUGUCUUGCCAUGGGCAUUUUUGUCAUUGUGUUCUUCAAGGAAACCAAGGGCCGGACCCUGGAAGAGAUGGACCUUAUUUUCGGGGCUGUUGAUGAGGCGCAGAGACGGGCUGAUGUCGAGCAGACCCUGCAAAAGAACCAGAUAUUGCACGAAGAGCAUGCGGAGAUGACAGACCGUCGAUAA